AUGUCAUCAAGAGAAGCGGACAGAAUUGCAUCGGCACAGCAGACUCUAGACAUCCUUCAUGACAUAUCUCAGCUUUUGAAUACGCAACUCGACAAAGAGACACUUGCGACGUGCGUCGGCAUGAUUGAAAGUGGUGUGAAUCCAGAAGCGUUGGCGGCGGUGAUCCAGGAGUUGCGGAGGGAGAGCGAAGCAAUAAAAGCACAGCCAACUACGUGGGGUUAUAUGAGCGGUAAAAGUCAGAGUGGUUACUGGCGGAGACGCAAGUGGCUCGUCAAUGACCUGGAAAGUCGACGUAGUGACUAUCCAGAUGCUGCGCAGUAUUUAAUGGCCCUGAAGUUUUUUGGUAACAAGAUACUUUUUGCCCGAUUUACGGUGGCCUUGGAGGGUCCUGGAGUCAAGCAUAAGAAUGGCGAUUGUCCGGGUUCUGUCGCCAGCCUCCUCCAAGUCAGAGUCAAGUUGAGGAGUAGAAUUGCGGCUGAUCACGAGACCGCGCGAGCGCCACAUGGCGGAGACGAGAGGCAGCCUUGGAGACGCUCUAAGGCCAGUACAACUCAUCCAGCGACCACCACGAUGGCUUCAAAGGCUGCACACAAACGACUUACCAAGGAAUACAUGACGAUGCAGAGGGACCCGCCCCCGUUCGUGUGGGCCGUGCCGGAGGAGAAGAACAUCUUGACCUGGAAUUACAUUAUCCGCGGCCCACCCGACUCUCCUUUCGCUGGCGGGGAGUACCACGGCGUCCUACUCUUCCCAUCAGAAUAUCCGUUCAAGCCGCCGGGCAUUAAGAUGUUGACUCCUUCUGGCCGAUUCCAGCCAGACAGAAGGAUCUGCUUCUCCAUGUCCGACUUCCAUCCUGGCACUUGGAAUCCAGCGUGGAGCGUAUCGACAAUAUUAACUGGAUUACUCUCCUUCAUGCUCUCAGAUGAGAUGACGACGGGGUCGGUGACCAACACGGACAUUGAAAAACGUACAUAUGCUGCGCGUAGUCAUGCUUGGAAUCUCACCCAGCGCAAGUUCAAGGAAGCAUUCCCCGAGUAUUGCACCUCGGCACUGCGCGAUCUGCCAAAUAUGGGCGAGAAAGAGCGCGGUCCCCCAUCUCAAUCACAAAUGCCAUCUCCAGUCUCCACGACCACAACAUCAACACCGACAGAGUCUAUACUUCCUACUAGCACCACCACUAUCGACCCCGCUGUUGUCUCACGUACGUCAAGCAGCGGCACUCUCACACCAGCCAACGCCGCUAACGGUGAUGCACCGAAGGCGGCUAAAGGGUGGUCUGAAGUAUGGCGACAGAUGAUCUGGGAGAAAUGGAGAUGGGGUGUUGUUCUCGCCCUGGCUCUCUUAGUCUCUAGGAUGUCCUCCGGCUCCUGA